AUGAGUUAGGAAAAGAAAGCUAGCUUUUGGAAUUAUAUUUAAUGUGUAAACAUAAUUCAUUAUAAAAAAACAGAAAUUAGUAAUUAAUUUAUAAAAGAAAGCAAAGAUAAUAGAACCGAUAAGUGUCUUUAAUUACUUGAACCAACUUUUGUACAUUAAAUAUGUAAGAAUCAAUUUUAUUAUCUUAGUAAACUUAAAUUCAUUAAUUCCAAUAAAUUCUAACUUAAAAGCUUAUAUAAAUUUUCAAGAUAUGAACAAGAAUUCUGCUUUACAUUAUGCAGUUUUGAAUGAAAAUAUUUCACUUGUAUAAGCUUUGAUAUUUAAACAAAUUUAAAUUGAUAUGGUAAAUUCUGAAUAGAUUACACCUUUUAUGUUAGCUUGUAUUCAGUAAUCUUUGAUUUAAUAUUAAAAGCGGCUAUAUAGACAUAAUACUUAUUUUAUAUGAUGAAGGAGCAGAUAUCAAUCAUUAAGAUAAUAAGGGAGAUACAUCAUUACAUUAUGCUUGUAAAUUUAAUUAGAAAGAUGUGGUUGAAUGUUUACUAAAAAUGAAUGGAAUUUAAAUUAGAAAAAAUAAUGAAUAAAAAAUACCAGAAUCUUAUAUAAAUUAAUAAGAAAUUCAUGUAUUGUUUUAAAAUUACCAUCUAUCUACAAAAAGUAAGAGAUAUACUAAUUUAGAAAAAAGAACAAAAGAAAUAAAAAUUUAAAAUAUUUUGACAGAGUAUUUUAAAAAAUAAAAAAAAUGUCAAUUGAAAGAAAGUUCUAAUCAUAUAAUUAAAUAUGAAAUAAAAUAAAAAAGUUUAAAUCAAUAAUCUAAUCAAAUAAAUUAAAUUUUAAUAAAUACUCCAUCUACUACUGAUUCAAUGAAAUAAUCAAAAUCUAAGGAUGAUGAAAGAAUAGGUCCAUAAUAAUUUAAAAUAGUUGGACUUUUAGGUAGAGGAAGUUUUGGAGAAGUAUAUCUUGUAUAAAAAUAAUAAAAUUUAUAUGCAAUGAAGGUGCUUCGUAAAAGUUUAAUUUUUAGUAUUAAUAACUAUAUAUAUAUUAGAAUAAAAUAUUUGUAGAUAUGCAAUAACAGAAAGAAAUGUUUUAUCAGUAUCUUCACAUCCAUUUAUUGUUAAAUUAAGAUAUGCUUUUUAGACUUAAGAUAAAUUAUUUAUGAUAUUAGAUUAUUGUCCUGGAGGUGACUUAGGUUAGAUUUUAACUAAAUAAAAACGAUUGUCUGAAGAUUUAGUCAAGCUAUAUAUGUGUGAAAUAAUUUUGGCAUUAGAGGAUCUUCAUAAAAGAGAUAUAAUAUUUCGAGAUUUGAAACCAGAUAAUAUUGUACUUGAUUCAGAAGGUCAUGCUUUAUUAACAGAUUUUGGUUUAUCAAAAGAAGGAAUUUUAGAUGCUAAUAGAGGAGCUUAAUCUUUUUGUGGUUCAGUAGCAUAUUUAGCUCCAGAAAUGCUUAAAAGAUAAGGACAUGGCAAAGCUUUAGAUUGGUAUUUACUUGGAGUUGUUAUGUAUGAACUCUUAACUGGAUUGCCUCCAUAUUAUUCAAAUGAUAAGGAUGUUUUAUUUAAUAACAUUUAGAAUUAAGAACUACAAAUUCCAAAUAAAAUUUCUGUUGAAGGGAAGAGUCUUUUGAAAGCAGUAUGAUAUUAAUUAAUACUUUAGUUAUUAAAUAGAAAUCCAAUAAAUCGAUUAGGUUCUGGAGAAGGAGAUUACUUGGAAGUGAAAUAACAUCCUUAUUUUUAAGAUAUAAAUUGGGACUAAGUAUUUAAUAGAGAACUUAAGUUGCCAAAACCUAAUAAUAAGAUAAAUCUUUUAUCUAAAGGUGUUUAAAAUGUAUUUGAUUUGCAAAGUUUUAUUGAAAUAGAAAAAUCUCAUAUUGAUGGAUGGUCUUACAUUCAUACAGAAUGA